AACCAACAUAUGCAAAGAUACUGUUUUACCGUUUUUAAUUUAUUUUUUUGCAUUGAAUGCACAUAAAUUUUCAGUGAUCGUUGUUGCAGAUCUGAUGUAAAGAAUUAGUACUAAUAAUUGUUUGAAUUUAUGUUAAAUCUCUCACUUUCAAUUGAUUUAGUUAGUUUUGCUAUCACAAUAAAAAAAGAACACUACACACAAUCAUUCCUCUCUUUCUUCCACUCCUUUUCACAUGUCCAGAUAAAAUCUUGUCCGGAUUCACGGAUUCACUGACUACUCAUCUCAAAGUAGUUAAAUUCUUUUGCAAAUUGAGCUGAUUUUUUUAGUUUUUGUUGCCACUGCGCUUUGAGAUUGGUGCAAAAAUUGGAGGCUUAAUUCAUUUGCGAAGAAAACAAGGCGUUUAACAGGAUUUGUUUGAGGAGGAAAUUGAGGAAUUUGGUGUAUGUUAAGGCUUUGAAGAUUGAUUAUGGUGCCUGAAAAAGGGAUGUUUUGCAGAACGCAGCAUCUUCUCUAAAAAAGAUUGAAAUCUUUGUUUCAAGUUAUAUAAAGGGGAUGAAGAAGAAGAAGAGAUGAUUAUCUACUUUAACAUAGCAGCAGUUAAUAUCAGACACUAGGAAACUGCAUUUGUUGGUAUGAUAAGCAGGUAUUCUGUGGUUGGAAGGAUCUUUGUUAGGGCGAAAAUCGAUAGAAACAGUGUGUGUGUUUGGGGAAAUUGGAUGUCCUAGUAGGGAUUUGUGAUGGCAUCAAUCAGAAGAACAUUGUCUCCCGUUCCUCGGCCGGGAGGUUUAGGCAAUGGGGAGGCUUGUCAAGUGGCGUCGCCUUUGUCCAAGUCGUCUUCAAACAGUCAGAACUACCCUCCACAAGCGGGGCUGUUGUCUUCCUUGCUGGGCUCCUUGGACUAUGCAUUGUACAGAAUCCAGAGCUUUGUUCUUGGCCUUUUCUCACAACGAGCUUCUAGGGAUGUUGAUAGGUUUAGUUCUUGGCGGAGGGUUUACUUACAUAUCUUGAUGUGCUUUGUUGUUGGUAUCUUUGUUGGGCUUACACCAUUUAUACCAUUGAGUAUGUCCACGAAUUCCUUGCCUAAACAAGAAGCUUUUGAUUUCGAGUUGAUUGGGUUGAAAAAUGAGAUGUCAAAAGUAGGCAAAGUUUCUCUGCAAGAGAACUCUACGUGGGGGAGAGAGAAGGUCAAUGUUGAAGUGAGCAAUCCUCGUUCUGACCUUACCAUGUUAAGUAACUCGAUGAAUCAGUCUCGUGAUGUGGUGUUUAAUAUUGAUAAGCUUCUGAUCGUCAUCACUCCAACAUAUGCUAAGCCGCUUCAGGCCUACUUCCUCAAUCGCUUGGCACACACGUUGAGACUGAUCCAACACCCUCUUCUUUGGAUAGUCGUGGAGAUGAAUUAUCAGUCCAUGGAGACGGCUGAUCUUUUGAGGAACUCUGGAGUCAUGUACAGACAUCUCAUAUGCAGUAUCAAGAAUGAAACUGGGAUAACAGAUAGAAGCGCACACCUUAGGAAUGUGGCGCUCUCGCACAUAGAGACACACCGUCUUGAUGGGAUUGCAUACUUUGCAGACGAUGAUAGGAUAUACUCGACUGCCCUCUUUAACCAGAUGAGAAACAUUAGUCGGAUAGGGACAUGGACAACGGCCAUGCUGGUUCAAAGCAGAGACGAAAUUCUCAUUGAGGGUCCGAUUUGUAACAGCUCUCGAGUGGUAGGGUGGCACGUUGAUGACAGGAAGAGACGAUCUCAGAGAUUCCACGCUGAGAUGUCAGGUUUUGCUUUCAAUAGCACCGUGAUUUGGGAUCAGAAGAGAUGGCACAUGCCCAUAAUCGAGCCAAUCAGGCAGAUCGAGACGGUGAAGCCAGACAUACAAGCAAGCACGUUUAUUGAGCAGCUCGUGGAGGAUGAGAGUCAAAUGGAGUGCUUCUCGAUGGCCUCUUCAGGAAUCAUGGUUUGGCAUCACACAACUGACACAUAUUCCUACCCUCAUAACUGGUUUACAAGUAUCAUCUCUCCACUUACUGAUGCUUUGCAACUUUGAUUUGUGUAAGAAGAUGGAUCCUCUUUAGCCAUUUCCUUUGUCCGUUUCCCUUCUUCUGAGUGCUUACUAUUUUACAUUAGCAGUCCCAAGUGUACGAACGCGCUUAUGCAGAGAUUUAUUGUCCCGGUUAUGGAGAUUGGAGACGAUCCAACAGAUUCGUCGAAGAAUUUUCCUGGUUCAAGGUUGGAUAUUAUUUCUGUACAGCUCUAUCUUGUCAUCUUGAUAAGAUUGGUCAUGGAUACAACAUUAGGUUUGAAGAUCCAUUGUGGAAGAGAAAAUGGAAAUGCUAAGGAGAAAGUGAGGAUGAAAAAAGAUAUGUAGUUCUUGAUAAUUGUUUGUUAUGUAACUAUGAUUUAAUCUAUUUAAAUUUUGUGUUCUAAA